GCCCGUCCUACGUUUUCACCUGUAUGUAUACAUAGUGUGGGGCCUGGAAAUCUCCUGCACCGAUAUUCUCGCCAGAAUCAUGAUUUCUCUUUACUUCUUGUCACCGACUUCGAGAUGAUCAACCGAUAUGUGGCUAUCAAACCUUGUCUCAAUCACAUCGCUUAUGAUUCGAAAGAUGCGGACCAGCUGCCAGCUACUCCGGUCCUUGGUAUUCUCCAGUUCACCUUUCACUCCGGAGUCAACGUCUCAGAGCCAUCGCAGCUUGCAUCUGUACUAUGGAGAAAGUCCUUGACGUUUGUCUCGACCAUUCCUGGGUUUCAAAGGUUGUAUUGGGCUCCGGUGGACCACGCUUCGCCAUGUCAACAAAUUAUCGUUUUGAUGCAGUGGGAUAGCGGUCGUGGUUGGAAACUAUUCCAAUCCUCCUUGGGCUUCAGCAUGAUGCUAGGUUACAUUGAAAGCAUUUCCAAUCGCUGUAUCCAGCUUGCUCUCCCCGCCUAUCUCUUCGACUUUGACAGUGUCCUCGGGCUGGUCUCCAUCCAGUUCUCCGCUAUGCUAUCUACUACUCAGGUUGGAAAAAAACCAGGCUUCAAAACCAAAUGGGAAACAACAUUUGCCCCAUACGUCAACAGUGCUACGGCUGAGUUCGAAUUGAUAUAUUGUUGUGGGGAAUGGCUUGAAGCGGACAAAUUUGUGGACGAUCGAUUUUUUGUUGCUUUGCUCUUCUGGAAACCAGAUAUACAGGUGCGUGAUCAGCGUCGACUCCGAGAAGCCAUUGUCCACAAUCUCGAGAACCAUAUAGCAGAGCUUGUGGAAGAUGCAACAAAUGUGGUCUCGGUUUACACUCACAAGCUCAAUCAAGUGUCUUCUGAAACUUUUAGUCUACAACUACCGGGCCUUCUUCCGGUCGCUGUGCAUUUUGAAACCAAUCACCCAGUUUUUCAGACACCUGUAAAGCCUGAAUACAACGUGGACGAGUUUACAUUAUCACGAGGCAAGGACCGGCUCCAUUUGGAAUCUAUGAUCCAGGCGAGGCAAACCCCUCCGGAGCGUAUCGCCGGUGGACCGGCUGGUAGUUGGUGCCCUAUGGGAAUAAUUUCUCAACAUCAUUUGCCCCAGCGGCAAGGCUAUAGCUCAACCGCCGAUAUGGAAAUGAUCUCUUUUCGCGCUCAGAUUGAAAACCCACAGAUAGAGAGUUUAUUCGAGGGUCUUCGAAGGAAACUCUGGGAGCUGGGGGACUGUCUCGAAGGGUCUCAACAGCAGAGGCAAGAAAUUCGAGCACAACUCCAACAACCCAUUCAAGAAUUCUCAAAUGGGUGUGGUGAUGCCAUACAGGACAUAUCCCGUAGAGGAAUUAUCGGUCCAAGCCGAUUUUUCGGUUUUCGUCCGAAUAUGGAGAUCACCAUUUUUGAUCACUCAUUUGAAUAUGCCUUUUCCAAUUACUUGACGGCUACGCAUCAACAGCAAUUCGACCAAGGCCUCUUCAGUCCUUGGUCUGCUCUAAUACCACAGGGCCAAGGAUGGAUCACUGACUAUCAUUCUUUAUCGGAUCAAAGCGAGCAAAUAAAGACGGACCAAUUCAUCGCAUUUUUCAGUUGCCAGAAGGAAGGGGCUCGAGAAGAGUGGUACCACGACUUCGCCCAACGAGCUCAAACCGAGUAUGAUCUUCUGGGUCAUAUUUUUGAUUGGCUGCGGACUUUAUCCAAACGCAUCACUAUUCAGCAGCUAGUCGUACAAAAAGAGGAUCCUUGGAUGACUGCAGACAGGUUGGAAAAAGCGAAUCGGCCGCCUCCGCCACUCCCACCGUCUAUUUUUGACAUCCCCUGGGCUAAUCAGUUAAAGAAAGGUCAUACAUAGUUCAUUAAAACCUUUUUUCUAAUUAUAUGACUACCUUCUUCUGAUUGGUUAAAAAGUCUUUAUAAGACUAUAUAAGACUCUACACAAUUUCCUAUUCCCUUUAUCGAAAAAUGGGCAGCUUCUAAAAGAUCUCGGAUUUUACAGUUCACUAAAAAAUGC